AUGUCAUCUGAAUAUCUGAAAGUGUAUUAUUUUUGUGUCUUUGUUUUUUGUUUCAGUGAAGUCAGAGGUUUCCUCGGCAGCUUCUGGGACAAAAUCAAGCCAAUACUUAUACCAACCAUUACAAAGCUAGCCAUUGGAGCCAUUGGAAAGCGCGAAAUUGAAAUCAGAGGGUUCCUCGGCAGUCUUUGGGACAAAUUGAAGCCAGUGCUUAUUCCAUCUCUUGAAAAGUUAGUGAUUGGAAGUAUUGGCAAACGAGACAUUGAGAUCAGAGGCUUCCUUGACAGUUUGUGGGAUAAAAUCAAAUCAGUUCUCAUUCCAACCGUUACAAACCUAGCACUUGGAGCAAUUGGCAAAAGAGAAAUUGAAAUCAGAGGAUUCCUCGGCAGUGUUUGGGACAAACUCAAGACAACACUUCUUCCCGCCCUCGAAACUGCAGUGAUUGGAAGUAUUGGAAAACGAGACAUUGAAAUCAGAGGCUUCCUCGGCAGUUUCUGGGACAAAAUCAAGGGAAUACUUAUCCCAACCGUGACAAAUCUAGCCAUCGGAGCAAUCGGGAAAAGAGAAAUUGAAAUCAGAGGGUUCCUCGGCAGUGUUUGGGACAAACUAAAACCAACACUUAUUCCUGCUGUUGAAAAGCUAGUACUUGGAAGCUUUGGUAUUGGCAAAAGAGAAAUUGAAAUCAGAGGCUUUCUCGGCAGUUUCUGGGACAAAAUUAAGCCAAUCCUUAUCCCAAGCCUGACAAAGCUCGCCAUUGGAGCAAUCGGGAAAAGAGAAAUUGAAAUCAGAGGAUUCCUCGGCAGUUUGUGGGACAAACUUAAGCCAAUCCUUAUCCCAACCGUGGAAAAGCUUGUCCUUGGAGCAGUUGGCAAAAGAGAUAUUGAAAUCAGAGGAUUCCUUGGCAGUUUCUGGGACAAAAUUAAGCCAAUCCUUAUCCCAACCUUGACAAAGCUUGCCAUUGGAGCCCUUGGGAAAAGAGAAAUUGAAAUCAGAGGAUUCCUCGGCAAUUUUUGGGACAAAGUCAAAGCGACAAUUAUUCCAGCUGUUGAAAAUCUAGUGCUUGGAAGUGUUGUAGGCAAAAGAGACAUUGAAGUCAGAGGUUUCCUGGGCGAUCUCUGGGAUAAAAUCAAACCAAUACUUAUUCCAACCGUGACAAACCUGGCCCUUGGAGCUAUUGGGAAAAGAGAAGUUGAAAUCAGAGGAUUCCUCGGCAGUGUUUGGGAUAAACUCAAACCAACACUUAUUCCAGCUAUUGAAAAGCUAGUGAUUGGAAGUCUUACAGGCAAAAGAGAGAUUGAAAUCAGAGGUUUCCUCGGUAGUCUCUGGGACAAAAUCAAGCCAGUACUUAUACCAUCUCUGACAAAUCUAGCACUUGGAGCUAUUGGGAAAAGAGAAAUUGAAAUCAGAGGUUUCCUCGGUAAUCUCUGGGACCAGAUCAAGCCAAUUCUUAUCCCAGCUGUGACAAACCUGGCCAUCGGAGGUGAUUAUCGUAAUCUAUUUUUGUUCAAAGGAAUAUUUACUUUGCUAAAUUAA